AUGACGAUUCCCAGCUCGAUUCAAAGAAAUUGCACAAAUAGCGGGUGGCUCAGAGUUCAAAGCGAAACACCAAAUGUAUGGAAUCGUAAAUAUGUAACUGUAUGCAACAAGUCUUUAAUCAUAUCCAAAGAUGAAUCCACCAAGAGCAUAGAAAAAGUAAUACAGCUAACUAACGAAGCUUCUUUCGAAUUGCUAAAAGGUUCAGCUACUCCUCGUUUCCAAGUUAACUUAGGUAAAAAUCAGAAGCCUAUAAUUUUUUCAGCAACAACAACUGAAGAAGUAUCUCACUGGAUUUCCCUCCUUAGAACAGUUCAAGAUAACGGCUGCGACCUUACAAUGGAUGACUUCCAAAUUAUUUCGGUAAUUGGAAGAGGUUAUUACGGCAAGGUUAUGUUAGUCCGUCGAAUCGAUACAGAUCAACUGUAUGCAAUCAAAUCCAUUCGUAAAUCGCGCUUGGCUGAAAUGGACAGCUGCUCUGUCUUAACCGAGAAAAAUAUUAUGAUGAAAAUCCAUCAUCCAUUUAUUGUCAACCUUUGCUUCGCAUUCCAAACCGAUACAAAGGUCUAUCUCGGCCUUGAAUAUGCUCCAGGAGGUGAGCUAUUUUACUACAUGGAAUCCAACGGUACAAUUCCAGUUGACGAUGCCAGAUUGUAUGUUGCUGAAAUCGGCCUUGCAUUAGCCCAUCUUCAUAAGUAUGGAAUUAUUUACCGUGACCUCAAACCAGAGAAUAUUCUUUUCGAUGCUGACGGUCACAUUAAAUUAACAGAUUUUGGUUUAUCAAAGGAGCUCGGUGUCGAUGGCACAGCAAAGACAUUUUGUGGUACACCAGAUUAUUUAGCACCGGAAGUUAUCCCUCAAGAAAAGUACACAACAAAGAUAGAUGAAUGGGCAUUGGGUGUUUUAACUUACGAAAUGAUUUUGGGUCGCACUCCUUUCUGCAAUGAUAAUAAGAACGAAAUGUUCCAGGAAAUCGUUACUCUCGACCCUUAUUUCCCAGAGGGCAUGGAUCCGAGAAUCAUUAACUUUAUAAUGAGGCUUCUUACAAAAGAUCCAAAAGAGCGACCAACUUUCGAUGACGUGAAAUCUGACCCAUUCUUCGAAGGUGUUGACUGGGAUGCUGUUUACAACAGAGAACACUCCCCGUCUUACAUACCAGAAAUCAAGGAUCGCAUGUGCACAAACAAUUUUGAUCCUGAGUUCACAACAGAGCUUGCUGCAGACUCUUUUGUUUCACCAGGCAUUCAUGCAUUUGGUAAUAUUGCUGGCUUCUCAUAUGUAGAGCCAAACUUCGCAUAA